AUGGACACAGGACAGACUGUGAUGGACACGGGACAGACUGUGUUGGACACGGGACAGACUGUGUUGGACACGGGACAGACUGUGACGGACACGGGACAGACUGUGUUGGACACGGGACAGACUGUGACGGACACGGGACAGACUGUGUUGGACACGGGACAGACUGUGACGGACACGGGACAGACUGUGUUGGACACGGGACAGACUGUGAUGGACACGGGACAUACUGUGUUGGACACGGGACAGACUGUGUUGGACACGGGACAGACUGUGUUGGACACGGGACAGACUGUGUUGAACACGGGACAGACUGUGAUGACAGACUGUGAUGUAAUUGACGUGAAUUAA